UUUUACAAGAAAAAAAUGCAGAUGUCUUUCCAAAGACAUAUGUUGCCGGUGUCUUUCCGAGGCAAAGUCACCAAAAGACCAGCUACUCAGGAUCAGGAUUGCUUUCUUCUUUAUCCUUCAGAAGACCUUAGCAAUCUGUGGGUAAAUCUGAACAAUAAGAUUGUGAUGAGACGUUUAGGUUUUCAUGACACUAGGAACUCCUCUUAUCCCAGUGUAGUAUUCAACUGUAUGUAUGAUGACAGAUCAGAAUUGCCACACUUAAGAAAACUGUAUAGUCUUCUAACUUUUAGGAACAGAUCAACUGCUUGUUAUCCACUAGAAUACUGGGCAUCCUGUGGUGGUCAUCCAGCAGCCAGGAACAGAUCUUUAGAAAUAUAUUAAAAUUAUAUACUACGAACUGAGAGUAGUGUACCCGAGCCACCUUUACAUGAUCAGAUCUCCUUUGAUCCAGACUGUCACUCGCUAUCCAAAACUAUCCCAAUAAAGGACAAUACAA